ACUCAUCUUUUCUUCUGCCAUUUCCAUAACUCUCUGCAAAAAUGUCUUCCUCAGAAGCUCUUCCAUUGGUCGGGUCGACGGUUUCCACCGCUCCGAAACGCCUCACCACACCUUUCCGGUGGAAUCUCCGCCGCAGACGUAGGCGACUUCCUACCGUCCGGCUAGGGGGCGAGAAGAAGCAGCGGAGCGGCGGAUUUUCGCUGAUUAGGGUUUGCCGGAAAGCGAAGCUGCAAUGGCUGCGAUUGAGGUACCUGAGCUUGAUUCGGAAGCUGAAGAAACAAUACGAUUUGUUCGUGGAGGAUUUGGUGGUUGCGACGAACACGACGGAGGAUUAUCGGAAGAGCCUCAUUCUGGAAGCUUCCGUCGUCAUCCCUGUCAUGGGCCUCUGAUCUGACCUAACCCUAAUCUGAACUGAGCUUCUGGUUUGUAUCUAAUUUGGGGAUAAUAAUUAACAAUGCUUUUAAUAAUAAAUUAAUUUUCUGUAUAAGAAAAUCGAUUUGGAAUAUCAAGUAUAUGUAUUUGAAUUUUUUAUUUUUUAUU